CGAUAAAAGUUAAGUCAAUCGCAGGUUGCGUGGUUGCGUCAAUCCGUCAGCCGUCAGUUGCGUCGUGUGUGAUUCCUGGUAAUUCCGAUUCACGGGUACCGACAUGUCAGCAACGAUGACAGCCAAACUGCAGGAUGAUAUGAAUAGUAUACCUCUCGCAGACGAUGAUCCGCAGGUAAUAAUACCAGAAGAGGAAAUCUUGGACAAUGCUUCGCAUAUAUCUGAUGCAUUAGGAAGAAGACGAAGUAUGGAUUCUAUUCCAUCGACAUUCACUAACGGAAGUUGUAGUCCGAAUAGUUUAGAUCCAGAUAUCAGCCCAGAUGAACAGGAGGAGAAAGCUAGAUUGAUUGCGCAGGUUCUUGAACUACAAAAUACUUUAGAUGAUCUGUCACAGAGAGUAGACAGUGUGAAGGAAGAAAAUCUCAAGCUAAGAAGUGAGAAUCAGGUUUUGAGUCAAUAUAUUGAGAAUUUAAUGUCGGCAUCGAGCGUAUUUCAGUCAACGAGUCCUAAUACUAAGAAGAAGUAAACAAAAACCAAACCAAACUAAUUAAACAAAUUAGAUUAAAUUAUUAAAUUAUAUAUAUAAAUUUAUGAACAAGCUAUACAGAAUCUUGAAAUAAUUGUGAUUGUUUCGAUUAUCUUCAAAAGUAUGUAUAUUUAAUCUUGCAUUUAAUUAUAAUAAUUUUUUAUAUAACAAAGAUUAUUGCAAAGCUUUUAAAAAUAUUGUCCCGCGUAUAAUUUUCAAUUUGUCCUUUGUUAGUACAUACUUUCUAUAAAAAAAAAAAACAAAGUAUCUCUGAUAAAACAAUAUCUACUUUUAUCAGUCAAGUAUAAUCAAAUAUCCUUUUAAAAUAAUUAAGACUAUAAUGCAUUCACUGUGACUGUCUUGAAACACGCUUAUAGUUACAAUUGUGUGCACCAAAGAGUCUUGCAUUUAUACAAUUUUUACAUAAGUGCUUUGCAAACUUUUAAAGAAACCUGCUAAUUAUUUUAUAUUUAAGAUUAAUUAAUUUAGCUGAGACAUAUAUAAUGCAUUAUAUAAUAUUAAUAAUAAUAUGUUCUAAUUUAUUGUUAUCUUAUAAAUGUUUAAUUUAUUGUCUGAAGUAAAUAAUAUAUAAAAUUAAGUAAAAAAUUUCUAAAUAAUUUGAUAAUUAUAUUUUUAUUAUGUUAUUUAUAUAUAAUAUAUGUGCUGUUAAUUUUAUUUAAUCAAUUUUAUAUACAAAAUGUAUUUUGUUCAUUUGUUUUUUGCAUUUAUAUACAUUUUCAACAGUUUAUUCAAUAUGCGCAUUUAUAUUUGCAAAUUUAAGAAAUUUGAAGUCACAUAUGUAUUUUGUCGAAAUAUCUCUUGUUUUAAUACAAACUCUUGCUUCAAAAUUUUGAUGUAUUUAUUAUAUAUAUGCAUUGUAUGUAGAUGUACAAAAGAGAUAACGUAUAAUUAUAUACAAUUACAAUAUGCUAUAAUUAAUGACAUUUUAUGAAAAAUUGAUAUGCUACAUAUAUAGUAUACGUUACGAGCAAGAUGCGAGCUAGUUUAAAGUUUGCUAUUUAUGACGGAACGAGUUGAUUUUUAAAGAUGACACAUACGUGCAGUCAUCUUGCUUGUAAGCGUAUCGAGUCGACAUGAUUGACGCAUAAUAAUAAAUAUAUAUUUACUGCAAAUGAAAAACUGCAACUUGCGAUAGAGUUUCAGUUUGAGGGCACAAGCAGAAUGCACAAUCCCAAAUUAUCCCAUUGUUGAGUAAAACAGUGUUAUAAUAAACAUUAUAUUCUAUUGGAA